AUGGCGUUUCCAUUGCUAAAUGUGCCCCUGAUAUCAACAAUUUGGUUAUUUAUCUAUCAGAUCGGAGUAGUGUACGGAUCUGGGCCUUUAUGUCUAGAGUGUCAGAGAGAGGCUGUCCCGUCAUCAUGUAACCGAGUGGUACAGUGUGGUCCACACGAGAAAUGCUUGCUGCGACAAUUUGAAAAUGAGCGUGGCAUGAUAUUAUACCAGAGUGGUUGUGUCGAUUCGAUGCUGUGCGCCAAUUUUGCAGCCAAUAGUACAGUUUUACGUCGGACGACUAAACGAGAACUAACCCUGUGUUAUGAAUGCUGUGGUGAUGAUUACUGUAACUCAGGUGGAUGCAAUGCACCAGGAUUCUCCGCAAUGAAGGGAUAUCCGCCAGUGUGCUUCAUUUGUCAGGACGUGAACAGUCCACAGACAUGUGGACACAUAGAACGCUGUGGGGAUGGAGAGAUGUGCUAUAUAAAUAAAAUUUCAUUAGGACAUUUCCAGAUGGGCUGUAAGACAUCGAAGAACUGCCAAAGUAUGAAUUCUCACAAUGAUUGUUCUGCGUGCUGUUCGGAUGACUUCUGCAAUAAACAUUGUAACACUACGUCAUCAGGUCAACAACAAAGUCAUACUGAAAAACCUCCACCUUCACGUAAGUAUGUAACAAUAAUUCCAGGUACAACUAUACAACCAUUGCUACGAUGUUUUCACUGUCCCGAGAGCACCGAUCCACAUUGUAAUUUUCACCAGAUAUGUCCACAAGACAACGUAUGUUACAGUAGUAUUCAACGACGGCAGAAUAGCCAUCCUACGUACACCUUCCAAUGCAAGCACAGAACGAACUGUCCGCAUAACUCUACAUAUACCGACUGGGUUGUUUUGGGACGACGCAAGAGGUCAAGCAGUGAUGGGUAUUGUUGUUUCUCGGACGACUGUAACUUCUUACCACCGACCGUCACACAACUGCAUACUACACCUUUAACAAUUACUUCGCCAAUAAUUACAGAUGUUGGGCCACUACUAAAGAACACCACACUUGGGGUGAACGUAGGAUUUCAUUGUUCUGCUACUGGGUUUCCCAAGCCAACAUUACAUUGGGAUGUACCGCUGCCUCUUCCAGUACCUCCCAACUAUGUGCAGCCUUCAUCGGGAGACUUAAUUAUCUGGCGAGUAGCUAAAGAAAAUGCUGGUUACUUCACUUGUGUCGCCUCAAAUGAGUAUGGAACUGACUCACAGACCAUAACUUUAACUGUGUCAUGA